UCUGUCUUGUGAUAUCACCGCGAAGAGCAAACAAAACUUUCGCACGAUGCCCACAGGAAUAGAAUAGUGAUCUGGUAUAUAAUCCUCGGGCCGCCCAAGUGGUGCUAUUUUUCCGGGAUCAUCAACGCUGCACGGUGCACAAAGUGAUCAUGAUGGACUCUGGGAAAUAUCUGGUCUCUUUUCUCUGCUUAGCCUGCGCUAUUGCGCCUUUGAACGCAACAUCACUAGGCUCAACAUGCUCCGUUGAUACAGACUGUUCGGUGACUCUACCUAAAGUAGAUAAUUCAAUUUGUCUUACUGGAUUAUGCUCGUGCGCUGCCACGCACGUUCCAAAUAGUGGUACCUGCUCACCAAAGGUGGUCAUUGAUGAAACGUGCGAAAUCUCAGCACAGUGUCCUGUGGGGAACUCGAAUUGCGCAGGAACAGCACCUGAUAGGAAAUGUGUGUGCACGGCUGGCUACGUCGCUUCAACGGAUAAAACCAAGUGCCUAAAACUGCAACAAGGUGUUGAUGACGAUUGCGAGGAGUCGAGUCAGUGCACAGCCACUCCCAACUUGGAAUGUCCUGAUAAAACGGUUUGUAAAUGCAAGGAAAAUUUUGUCCAGUAUCAAUCCACGUGUGAGCCAAGAGUGCUGACCAUUAACAGCGGUUUGUGUAAAAAUUCAAUUCAAUGCCCGGAAAAUUCACGGUGCCUUGCAAACUCCCCAACGACAAAAACGUGCCAAUGCAAUAGCGAUUUUAUUCCUUUUCCCAAUACAAGCCCGAAUUCAUGCCUGAAAAGAGCCGCAUUUGGCGAGAAUUGUUCUGCUUCAGUUCAAUGCACCACCUCAGGCAACGUAGAGUGCGCAAGUGGAAAAUGCUCUUGCAAAGCUGAUAAUUACUUUGCAGCAGCAGAGAACACCUGCUCCCCCACAAAAAAACUGGGAGAAGCUUGUACAAAUACAGUCCAGUGUGUGCUGUCUGAAAAUAUUGAUAGAGUCCAUUGCCUCGACAUUUUGUGCCAGUGCAAACCGACAUUUAUUCCUGAUUUAACCAGAAACAGAUGCACGUCUGACGCUGCCAGAAACACCAUUACUGCUGCAUUUGCCGUUGUACUUUUAACUCUUGGGAAAUUGAUGUAGAUUUUUUAAUAUACCUUCCGACGAAUGAAAAAAUGUUGGUGUAAAUGUUCUGAAACCGUUUAUCAAUAAUGCCAAAAUUUAAACAAAAAAUUAUCGAUCUCUCUGGAAAGUUAUUUAUUUUAAAUAAGUCAAAAUAAAUUAAUUAAAAAUUAAAAAUAUUAAAUGUCAAUAAAGGUUUCAUUAGGCCGAUCCGAUGAGUCUGGUUUAUUGCAUACAAGAGGCAACAGUUUAUUUAUUAUACAAAUUGAAUAAAAUUUAUUAAAAUU